GUAGUGCACAGACACGAGGAGAAAGAAAAGGCGACAGAAUGCAGAAAAGAGAACGGAAGGAAAGACCGAGGGGCACUAAAGGGAGCACAAAGCGACGGUGAAGUUUUCCCGCUCAUCGCGUGUCCCGCAGAGGGCGCUGUUGCCCGCGCGUGCACAGACACACACAGACACACACUUGGAGCUGGAUGACGGGAGGGGGCGUUUGCUUCAUCAGCCCUGUUUAGGGCUUCAGAGACCCUGUGUGAUUCAUCAUCGCCGGAUUUUCUGCUUCAGAUCCCGAAACAACGAGAAACGAGACGCUGCUCUGUUUGUUCACGAACCCAUCCAUCCGCCCAUCAUCCGUCCAUCAUCCGUCCAUCCAUCGGCGUAUUUGUGGCCUCAGCAGAGAAGAUGGAUCUUCUGUGUGUCCGCAGGCUCUUUGUUCAGCUCAUCUCAGCUGUGCUCCUGAUGUCAUCGAAGCACAUUUUGGCUCUGCGGGUGGACAUAACUCCUGAAACAGCUCUGUUUGGUCUGGGUGAGCGUCAGCAGCUGGUCUGCUUGUUUCAGGGCUGUACCACAACACCAAGUGUGUCCUGGUCCUUUCUGGGGGACCGGCCUCUGAGCGGGUCCAUCAGCACCAACCAAACUUGUUCUGUGUUGACCUUUGAGCCUGUAAAGAUGGAGCAUGAUGGAAGGAUACAGUGUGCAGUCAGCUGCAAUGGAAACGAGAUAAAAGGGAGCCGCAAGGUGCAGGUUUACUCCUUCCCAUCGGACCCUGUCAUCACAGGCCAGGACAAUGUCAAACUGGGGGUAAAUUCCACUCUGACCUGCAAGGCAUUUAACAUAUAUCCUGAUGAGGAGGUGAACAUCACUUGGCACAGUGGGAACGCUAUCCUGCAGACCACAGUGGAAGAUACCGAAUCCGGGGCAGUACAGUCUGUCUACAACUUCACAGCUGAAAACAUGGAUCAGGGAAGGAAUAUCACCUGUAGGGUCACACUGAAGCUGAAGGACCUGCCAGAUGACAAGAGGACCAGAGAAAGCACAGUGCCAAUAAAUGUCUUAUAUGCUCCUGUUGUGAAGACGUUGGAGUCUAAGGAAGUGAUGGCCGGCUCUCCGCUCACUCUCACCUGUUUGGCAGAGGGAAAUCCUGAGCCGACCAUUACCUGGAGUUUCAGGACAGCAGAUGGCCGAACUCUGCAACGCGGUCAAGGCAGUCAGCUCAACUUCACAGCAGUGGAACUGUCUGAGGCUGGUCGGUACGAGUGUGAUGCGCGAAACACGGAAGGAACAAACAGUAGCACCGUGGACAUCACGGUUCACAGUCCACCCACUAACACCUCCCUCUCUGUAAUUCCGGGUGAGGAGGUGGUGGAGGGUCAGCAGGUGACUUUUGUCUGUAGCUCAGAGGGUGCUCCGCUCCCCAGACUGGUGCUGAGCAGGAAUGGGAGAGAACUUCAAAGCGUUGACAGAGCUUCCACAAUGAUCUUCGACCUGCCUUACGCCCUGCUCGAACACUCCGAUGUCUACCAGUGUGUUGCCUCUAAUCUGUACGGAUCCCAGCAGGCCUCCAGCUCCAUCACUGUCAGAGCUCACCCUCUACAGGUCGAGGCGAGUCCUCAGGUCUCUGCAGCGAGAGGUUCAGCUCUGAGUCUGAGCUGCAAGGCCUCCGGCUGUCUGCACACCCCCAUCCUCCUCACCUGGUCGAGGAAAGACCAGACUGUCCUCCAGACAACCUGGCCGCAGGACGGACUCUCUGUGCUCCAUCUGCAGGACCUGGAUCUCCAGGAUCGGGGUGAAUAUAGCUGCCAGGCUCAGUGCGAGACCGUCAGCAGGAGCAGAAACAUUCAAGUCCAUGUCUAUUCGUUUCCAUUUGAUCCUGUACUGGAGAAUCCUGGCCCUGUCCUGCUGGGUGAAGAAGCAGUCUUCCGCUGUGAUGUCAUUAAUGUCUUCUGGGUUAACCAGCUGAGGAUUCAGUGGCUUUUGGGAAACAAAAUGGUGGCGGAAAAGUUGUUCAGUUUCUCCAGUUUUUUACAGAACGUCUCUUUUAGUCUUCAUCACCGAGUUGACGAGGAUCAUCAGGUGCUGACCUGCAGCGCAGACCUACUGCAAGAAGGCGGAGAAUUGUGGAGGCCCAAGAGGACCAGCAUCCAUCUGCAGGUCCACUAUCCUCCGAGGAAUACAUCACUGUUAAUUAGGCCAGGCGAGGAGCUGGUGGAGGGUCGUCAGGUGACCUUUAGCUGUCACUCAGAUGGAGCUCCAGCCCCAGCACUGGUGCUGAGCAGAAAUGGGAUGGAGCUUCAAAGAAUCAAACCAGCCACCUCAUCACCACUGACCUUCACCUUCUCCCCCAUCCUGCUGGAACACUCUGACCUUUACCGGUGUGAAGCAUCCAACAAGUAUGGAUCUGAAGUGGCUUCUCACUCCAUCACUGUCAAAGCUCCCCCGAGGAACACCACAGUCCACAUCCUGCCGUCAACAGUGGUCCAGGAGGGGCAAAAUGUCACUGUCUGCUGCCAAACCAUCAGUUUCCCACCGUCAGCUGUGAUUCUUAAGAAAAUGACCAAUGGCACCGAGCUAUAUUCUACCAAUGGAACUUUCCUACUGGUCAAUCUCACAGCCAAAGACUCUGGGUUAUACCAGGUCAACGUGACCAAUGACCUUGGGUACCAAGUCAAAAUCUUCAGCAUCAGUGUCAGAGAGAGAAGUACCAAGCUUCCACCCAGUUUCAGCGUCAUCAUCAUCCCAGCCGUCUGCAUCGCCACUGUGCUAGCAGCUUCUGCUCUGUUCCUCGACUACGUGAGGAGAUCCAGGAAGAAAGGCUUUUAUCAACUACCCCAGUCUGCUCCACCUUCAGCCUGAGGCCAACCCCGGCCUAAAAGGCCCCUGGUUCAUGCAGCUACCAAGUGUGUAGCGUCAACACAUCUGAAUCUAUGGCUGUCAGAUUUUUUUAAAUGUGACUACCAUGUGCCAUGUGGCUGCUGCAGGACAAUAUCUCAAUGUGACCGAUAGCUUUUAUUUCAACAUGUGCUUUGUGCUUUUAAACACAUGGCUUUGAUAUUCAUAGGUGUGACCAUGUUGUCCCAGCAAUAAGCGGCUAACAAAUGUCAUAAUGAUUUUCAGUAUCCAGGAACAUGUGGCUUCUGUGUGGUUAACACGUUCCAUCACAUGGCUACAUGUCACAUGUAACUGCCACCUCUGCAGAUGCGUUUUACAGUUCAUGGCCCAAUCACAUCCCAGUGUAUGGCUACUGCUUUAUCACAUGUGGUUAUGUAACAUGUGAAUUAGACAUGCUGAUAUGUGGCCACCACUUCUAAUAAGGCAUUGUGUGCUAACCAUCUCCAAUUAUGUGGUUACCGCAUCUUGACCUAUAGCUAGCAUUUCCUAAAAUGUGACUACUACCUCUUAACGUUUUACUACCACUCCUCACAAUCCCAACAUGGUCUAAGCCUCCCAAUACACCCUCAUAUCCCAACAGGAAUUGCCAUACAGCUAUCUUCCAUUUGCCAAAAGCAGGCAUGUAUCACGGCAUGUGAUAAUAUCAAACCCUAUCCUAUCCUGUCGUAUCCUAUCAUAUCUUAUCCUUGGAUAUGGGAAUUCUACCUCCUGAUAUACAGUUUAAAUAUUUCAACAUGUGGCUUGCUAACUGUUCACACAUAAAGCUAAUUUUGUCCAACAUGUGACAAAACUACCCAGAAAUCCAGCUAACACUCCCAAGUUCAUGGCUGCCAAAUUUUAAAAUGUGGCUGUUCUUCCAGCAAGUUACUAACAUCCAUAGCACUAAUCAACAUGUGAUUAUUGAAAAAUAAACACUACCUAUGGCUCAAUAAUCUUAAAUGCAAUAAUGUUCACUGUCAGCUUUCAGCAGCAUUUUAUAUUCUUACCACGGACUUUUCAGUGACUGUGAACAUUCCUUCAGUGAGAACUACUCAGCUUAAAGAUUUGUGGAAAGCAAAGAUGUUGCUCAACUUGUUAACAGAGACUUUCUGACUGACACCAUAUGGCUGAACUCUUCCAGAAAGUCUUCACUUUCCUCCGAACUCUCGCCGUGGUACUGCUGCACGCUUGGUGUGAUGUGGAAUUAUCUGCUGAGUUAUAAGAGAUGAUAUGUAAAUAUGUGUACAGUUUCUUUUUGCUUGCUUUCAAUAAAGAUAUUUAUGUCUUUAUUUCUUA